GAUGGUGGUGGUGGUGAUGGUGGUGAUGAUGAUGAUGAUGAUGAUGAUGAUGGUGGUGGUAUGUUUGUGCUUGUCCAUGAGACAGAGCCAUGCUGAAAGUCUUCACUGUAGUUAUAGUGUGCUCACAGCAUGUUUCACUUGUGAAAUGAUUGCUAUCUCAGCACGUCCUGACAGACCACACCAUGGCAUGACAGAGCCACUGAGUCAUAACGGAAGUCAUUUGCUCCAUUCCUAAAUAACGUUAUGCAUUUUGCAAUUUGUUAAAUAUGGGUGUGCUGAUAAAUAAUGUUUCUGAUGGGAGCAUUACACCCAUUUAAAGCUCCAUGGUAUGAUCUUUGUCCUUGAAUUGUGCCAACAUGGCAUUGAUUCCUGGCUGGAAGAGAUGGCUUUAAAUAAUAAACCUUAUUAACCUACAGUGAGUGGAAUGGGAUCCAAGUUUGAGCCUGUAAAUCCGGAUGAAUGUGUGUCUGCGAGCGUAUUGGUGGAUGUGAUCAGUGUGGGGUGAGCUCAGGAGUGUCACAUCAUUGGCUCUCAAGCUCACGCUUCCUCACUGCUCUGACCAGGUGAAACAGGGUUAAUUAAACAUGCACAAGAGCAUAUAAAAAUGUCAGAUUUUUUCCUUCAUAUCCUCUUUUUCAGUCUUGUUCAUUUUUUUUUCCAUUUGUUUCUCAUCUGAUGUAAUAUUCAUGAAGGUAUGCAUCUUGGAUAUAUUACAGCUCAGAUUUCUGUAACAGUGCAUGUACAGAAAUGGUCUCUGAUGAAUUAUUUAUUGCAGCUUAGAACAAAAUGUUUAAGGUUUAGGACAUUUUAAUAUAGUCAUGGAUAACCGUUGGGUUUUUGAUGGAAGAUAAGAUAAGACGGUGCCUUAAUAAUCCCAGGAGGAAAAUUCCUGUGUUACAGCAGCAGCAAGAGGCGUUAGACAAUAUAAGAAAAGACAAAAUAGGAGCGAAAGGCAGUGUAGUGUUCUGUGCUUCUUAGAAAAAAAAAACCCUAAAGAUAGGGACUCCUGUUUUCGAUGGAUCGCAAUAUCUGAAAUGACCACACAGUGUCCUAAAACAUUUAGGGAAGAGUUAAAGUUUAAAUAGUUAUAACGAUCGAUAGAUACAUACAUACAUGCAUAUCUAUCCCUAAGGGAAAUUGUUUAAAAAAAAAAAAAAAAAAAACCGUAAACGGAGAUGUUUUUGGUGGAUCAUUCAUUUUUUUUAUUAUCAUUUCAUUUUCAUUAUCGGUACCUACUGUGACUGUGUAUGAAUGGUUUAGUAAUUCUUUGUAAAAAUGCGUUUGUUGUAUGCAAAAAAUAUGAAAACGACCUUUGUCAGUUCGUGCCAGUGCUGUGUACGUUUAUUGUAGUUCUGCUACAAAUGCUCUGCAAGUGCAUUUUAAUAUUUUUGAAUAUAACAAUGGAAGCACGUAUAUCAAACUAUAUAUAAUAUUAGGGAUGCACCGAAUGUUCGGCAACCGAAAUUAUUCGUAAUAAGUGAAAAGGCCGAACAAUGACGUGUUUGAUGACGCGACCAAAUAGCCUGAUAACCAGAGUUAGACGCGCUAAUGUCACGACCUCGAUGAUGGAGCGCGCGCAUGCACGAGCUACGUGCGCGUCGGAUGUUUACUGUGCGUUUGUUUUAUUUCUGUCACGUCGCGAGACGUAAGGGAGUAGAGUACGGAAGCAGGUCAAAUUUUAAAGAAAAGAGGAAGUGAGGCACGGCAACUGCACAACCACAUGACUUACAUAGUAUCAGCGUACUAAAGAAAACUCACUCAGAUUUUGACCACCUCAGUCUCUAAACACCCAUGACCAUGUCCAUGAAAAUGGACCUUAGCAAUGUCCUCCUCCUCCCAGUCCACAUGCUGGUAUGGCUGUAUUCAGUGCUGAGCUUCCUUCCCUGGUAUAUCCUGUCGGGGGCCAAGGAGAAGAUAGUCCAUGCCAAGCGGCUCAAGGCUAAAUCUACCAAAGGUCAGAUUGAGGGACCCUAUCGCUCUGUGGACCACUUCAACUCCCUGGCCCUGAUGGACUUCCCUGGAAAAGACACAUUGGACAAACUGUUCGAUCAUGCAGUGCAGCGCUUUGGGGCGUCGCACUGCCUGGGAACACGAGCAGUUCUGAGUGAAGAGAAUGAAACCCAGCCAGGUGGCAAGGUCUUCAAAAAGCUGAUCUUGGGGGAUUACAAGUGGAUGACGUAUAAUGAGCUGGAUGUUGAAGUUACUCUCUUUGGCAGUGGCUUGGCAGCACUGGGCCAGCAGCCAAAAAACACCAUUGCUAUAUUCUGUGAGACGCGUGCUGAGUGGAUGAUCACAGCUCAGAGCUGCUUCAGACGCAAUUUCCCAUUGGUCACAUUUUAUGCAACUCUUGGAGAAGACGCUGUGGCCUUUGGUCUAAAUGAAUGUGGGGUGACUCACUUGGUAACUAGUAUGGAGCUUCUGGAAACCAAGUUAAAGGGUGUCCUUCCUCAAAUCCCCAACCUGAGGCACAUCGUUUACGUGGACAACAAGAGCCUCAACACUGCAGACUAUCCAGAGAACAUUCAGAUUCACAGCAUGCAGUCUGUAAAGGAGCUCGGAGCAAAGCCUGAAAACUUGAAUAGGGAGAUAGUCAAACCCGUCCCGUCAGACUUGGCUGUCAUCAUGUACACCAGUGGCUCCACAGGACGACCCAAAGGAGUCGUGAUUGUCCAUAGCAAUCUCAUUGCAGGCAUGACAGGCCAGUGUGAGAGGAUCCCAGGCCUAGGCUCCAUGGACACGUACAUAGCUUAUUUGCCCCUGGCCCAUGUGCUGGAGAUGACUGCGGAGAUCUCGUGCGUAGCCUACGGCUGCAGGAUUGGUUACUCCUCCCCACAGACACUCUCUGAUCAGUCUACAAAAAUUAAAAAGGGCAGUAAGGGCGACUGCACUGUCCUAAAGCCAACGCUGAUGGCGGCUGUACCAGAAAUAAUGGACCGCAUCAAGAAAAAUGUCAUGAAUAAAGUGCAGGAGAUGAAUGUUGUGCAGAGGACCCUGUUCAACCUGGCCUACAACUACAAGCUGGAACAGAUCAAGAAUGGCUAUGAUGCUCCCCUUUGCAACAUGAUGUUUAAGAAGGUGAGGGCUCUGUUGGGAGGACAUGUGCGAAUGAUGCUGUCAGGAGGGGCUCCUCUGUCCUCUUCCACGCAGCGCUUCAUGAACAUCUGUUUCUGCUGCCCUGUCGGUCAGGGCUACGGCCUCACCGAGACCUGUGGAGCAGGAACGAUCACUGAGGUGACGGACUAUAGCACAGGAAGAGUCGGGGCUCCUCUCAUUUGCUGUGAAGUUAAAGUCCGAGACUGGGCAGAAGGUGGCUAUACAAAGCUGGACAAACCUCAUCCACGAGGAGAGGUUUUAAUUGGAGGUCCAAAUGUGACCAUGGGCUACUACAAGUUUGACAACAUGACCAGUGACGAAUACUUUGUGGAUGAAAAUGGACAGCGUUGGUUCUGCACUGGAGAUAUAGGAGAGAUUCACCCUGAUGGCUGUCUGCAGAUUGUGGAUCGUAAGAAGGACCUUGUGAAACUGCAGGCUGGAGAGUAUGUGUCUUUGGGCAAAGUUGAGUCAGCACUGAAGAACUGCUCCCUCAUUGAAAACAUCUGCGCAUACGCCAACAGUGAUCAGAACUAUGUGAUCAGCUUUGUGGUACCAAACCAGAAGAAGCUGACUGCUCUGGCUCAUCAGAAGGGUAUCGAAGGCUCAUGGAUGGACAUCUGCAACCAUCCAGUUAUGGAGAUGGAAGUCCUGAAGGAAAUUAAAGAAGUUGCCACUUCAAUUAAACUGCAGCGCUUUGAGAUCCCAGUAAAAGUCCACCUGAGCCCAGAACCAUGGACUCCUGAAACCGGCUUGGUCACAGACGCGUUUAAACUGAAGAGGAAGGAGCUGAAGAAUCACUAUCUCAAUGACAUUGAGCGAAUGUAUGGCCGCAAAUAAAAAAACAGCCAAAUACUAUAAACCGUCAUCACUCUGCUGCCAUUCAGCUCAUGCUGCAUAUGUUGUAUACAGUACACAUCAUCGCUUAGUGUGGCACACACACACACAUCCUGAGAAUCUACUGUGCUGUUCUGUUUCCAAACUAUUGGUCAUAAUACUGUAGAUAAUAUCAGCAGAUUUGUAACAGUCUAUCCAGAGCUUUAGUCUCUUUGCUGUAGAAUAGUUAGUUCACUUAGACGUGUUGCACAAGACUCGGUUAAAGGGACAUUCAAAUUUACAAAACAGAAAUGCUUUCACUUAAAAACUGAUUCGUGCAGGUUCUCAACCAUAUAAUUGCUUUUAAAAUGCCAUCAUCUUUAGCUGUUUGUAUUUUUGUAAAAAAAAAAAAAAAAAAAAAAGAUUGGUUUGUAUUUUCAUCUUUCUAGUACACUUGUGUAAAGAAUCUGAAGGCAAAAACCAGUCGUUAGAUACGAGACGAGGUUGUCACUUUACAGAGAGCUAGGCUGUGCUUCCUUUCUGAAGUGAGCAGCGUAUGGUGACCUCUUUGUGCCUUCUGAGCAGUCUUUUUCAAUAGCAGAGCGCUCCUGUUAGGAACUACGCACAUCCACUGAUGUACUCGAAAGGAUUUGCAAUGGCUCCAUGACUGACCGAUUAUCUUUCUUUGUGUGUGAAUUUCAGAUUUUUUGGCUGUGCUUCGUUUUGCUUGCAUUAAGUGGUUCUUCAAAUGUUAAUAUUGUGCUAAUUUAUUGAAUGACCUUGUACUUUUGGAAGGACUCAGGACUGUAAAAUCAUAGCCAGCAGUUAUGAAGGGAAAGCAUUUGAAACAUAUUUAUCUGUAAAAACAAUUGCUGAAGCUCACAAUGUUUAACCAGUUCCCAUAGCAGUCUGUUGAAUAUAUUUGACAGUAUUUAGUGACUAGAAAUUACUGACUGAGAGUUUAGAUUAUACUUUUGUCUUUGGACAUAUUUUCUGUUUAAAUACUGUUGCAAUCGCUUGUUGUGCCAGUUUAGUAUACACAGCCUACUUUUUUUGCACUAUAAUUUAUUUGAGUUGCAGCUUCAAAAAAAAUGCAGAAUUCCAUUUGAAGAUUAGACACCAAUCACCUUACAAAAUAUUUAAUUGCUAUUGAAAAACGUAUUGAUUGUUUGCACUGUUUAUUUAAUUUAAGUGUGUUAAAUGUGUUGACAUUAUUUAAAGAGCAGCCACUGUACCAACAAAGACUAUGUUGUUUGAAAUGGACUGGGAUUGUGUGUUCACCCUUCUGAAGGGAUAUGAUAUUAAUAAAACACAUAAAAAAUGAAUUAAUUUUAAAACUUGAAAGACUUUCCAUCAAACCUCAGGGUCCCAGCUUAAUUCUUUGUAAUGGACCGUUCGAAAUGAACGUUAGAGGAUCCCAUGCAUUUGCUUGAAUGUUUCAUGACACUCUUAUUUAUUCAAUUUUGUGAACCACAUUCUGUAUGUAAUAUACAUUGUGAUAAUUAAAUUGUUUUCUACAUAGUA